GUGCUGACUUGCAGAGGAUUGUUUUUAACGUCCCUUUCAAGUCCGUGUUGCCCGCUGUUAACGUGAUUAGCCGUAUUCGCCGCAGUGGCAAUAAUCGUUUGUUCGCCUCUUCAGCCGACUUCCGCCCAUGUCCAACAUGGCGAUUGAAUAUUCCUGACCUUUACGGGGUUGGGCGGUGAUUGCUGUCUGAGCUGGUAGGGGGUGGAGCGGUUAGUAAACAGCAAAUGCAGGAGCUUCUGCGCGGGAGUCAGCCAUGGACUGGAAAGAAAUUCUUCGCCGGCGAUUAGCGACGCCCAGCACCGGUACUAACAAAAAAAAAAGUGAACAAGAAUUAAAAGAUGAAGAAAUGGAUUUAUUUACCAAAUACUACUCAGAAUGGAAAGGAGAUAGGAAAAACACAAAUGAAUUCUAUAAGACCAUUCCCCGGUUUUAUUAUAGGCUGCCAGCUGAAGAUGAAGUCUUACUACAAAAAUUAAGAGAGGAAUCCAGAGCUGUCUUUCUGCAGAGGAAAAGCAGAGAACUAUUAGAUAAUGAAGAAUUACAGAACUUAUGGUUUUUGCUGGAUAAGCACCAAACACCACCUAUGAUUGGAGAGGAAGCAAUGAUUAAUUAUGAAAAUUUUUUGAAAGUUGGUGAAAAAGCUGGACCAAAGUGCAAGCAGUUUUUUACAGCAAAAGUCUUUGCUAAACUCCUUCAUACAGACUCUUAUGGAAGAAUUUCUAUUAUGCAAUUCUUCAAUUAUGUCAUGAGAAAAGUUUGGCUUCAUCAAACAAGAAUAGGACUCAGUUUAUAUGAUGUUGCUGGACAAGGGUACCUUCGGGAAUCUGACUUAGAAAACUACAUAUUGGAACUUAUCCCUACUUUGCCACAAUUAGAUGGGCUGGAAAAGUCUUUUUACUCCUUUUAUGUUUGUACAGCAGUUAGGAAGUUCUUCUUCUUUUUAGACCCUCUAAGAACAGGGAAAAUUAAAAUUCAAGAUAUUUUAGCAUGCAGCUUCCUAGAUGAUUUAUUGGAGUUAAGGGAUGAGGAACUGUCCAAAGAGAGUCAAGAAACUAAUUGGUUUUCUGCACCUUCUGCCUUAAGGGUUUAUGGCCAGUAUUUGAAUCUUGAUAAGGAUCACAAUGGCAUGCUCAGUAAAGAAGAACUCUCCCGCUAUGGAACAGCAACCAUGACCAAUGUCUUCUUAGACCGUGUUUUCCAGGAGUGUCUCACAUAUGAUGGAGAAAUGGACUAUAAGACCUACCUGGACUUUGUUCUUGCGUUAGAGAAUCGAAAAGAACCUGCAGCUCUGCAGUAUAUUUUCAAAUUACUUGAUAUUGAGAACAAAGGAUAUCUGAAUGUCUUUUCACUUAAUUACUUCUUCAGGGCCAUACAGGAACUAAUGAAAAUCCAUGGACAAGAUCCGGUUUCAUUUCAAGAUGUCAAGGUUACCUUUUCUUUCCUUUUCAGUAAGGAUGAAAUCUUUGACAUGGUUAAACCAAAGGAUCCUUUGAAAAUCUCUCUUCAGGAUUUAAUCAACAGUAAUCAAGGAGACACAGUCACCACCAUUCUAAUCGAUCUGAAUGGCUUCUGGACUUAUGAGAACAGAGAAGCCCUUGUUGCAAAUGACAAUGAAAACUCUGCAGACCUUGAUGAUACAUGAUCUCUCAAAGACUAGACUGUGUUCAUUAAGAUAAACUUGAAUGCUGCAUGCAAAACCUUUCAAGCUGGCCUAAAUAAAAUACUUUAUAUGCCUAUAGAA